AUGCGGUCGCCCACAAUCGAGGAGGAGGCCUUUUAUAGACUCCGGAACUACCCAAACCAAAUUGAGAAUAACCUGCAUUCUUCUCUGGUUACCAUUCCGCGAAAGAUCGCGCAUUUACUACGGACCAGGCCAGGGUAUAUAUCUUCGGCUAUAGAAGCCUUUUAUCUCCGGGAUCCCAUCUCACUUCGGCCGUUGCAGGGUAAAGAUCCAAGUAAUUUAGUAUUUGAACCUACAGAUUUUGUCACAGUCAGUGUCAAGUUCACAAAGGUUGGGUUUGCCCAGUUAAAAAGUCAGGAUUUUCCACCACCAGCAAAAUGGAAGGGCCGUGUUCCCGCGACCAAAAACUCAAAGGAUUCUGAGCGUGCUGAUAUGGGAAUGAAAUUAGCUUGCGGCUUUGAAAUGCUCUUGUCUGACCCCCAGAACCGUGAUAAGCAAUACGUACGAGAAAUGAAACUUAUUCUCGAAGAUGUUGACACAGGAGAAGAGGCUCUUCCUACGGAUACGGAAAUAAAAACUUGGGAUAUGGUUAAUGAUGAUGAAUCGUGGCUUGACAUUAGCUUCGAAGACCUUGAAAGUGAGCUAAAAGGAAGAGGUAGCGGGGAAAAGGCAAAAAGGAUUGGUGACUUCGGCGAUAAAGCUGCACAAGAGAAUUUGCAGAGAAUAGUCUCAAAGUUUGAGGAAUUUCUAAAUGAUGACACCGCCGGUUACGAUGGAGCAGGGCUUAUUAACGAAUUGGGAUCAGAUGACAGUGAUGGUGACACUGACGAGGAGUUCAGUAGCGACGGUGAGGACAAGGAGGCUUCAUUUGAUGAUGAGGAGUUUUCAAGGAUGAUGAAGGAGAUGAUGGGCAUGCCAACUGCCUCGAAUAAGGGGUCUUCGUUUAGGCCCAAACGCAUUCAAGACCUUGACGGGGGAUCCAGUGAUGGUAACGAUGAUUCAGGCGAAAUCGAAGACAUGUCUAAGAAGAUGGAAGCGGAGUUACGGCAAGCCGGGUUUUUUGAUCAAUUCAAGUCCAAGAAGGCUGCCAAGGGAAAGACUCCUAUAAGGGGCAAUGGGGUUGGUAGCGUCCAUCAAGAAGAGAGUGAUGAUGAAUAUGAUCUUGACGAGAACGAAGUCGACAUCAACCUGGCAAGAAAUCUACUCGAGAGCCUCGGAAGUCAGGGUGGCUCGUCUGGUCCUGGGAGCAACAUGUUGGGUAUGAUGGGGAUGAAAAUACCCAAAGGUGACCGGAAAUGA